GCAUGGAGUGCCAGUAAACCAUUAGGAAUUCAUCAUAUGCACCAAAAAGAGCCGGUACAUAUUCAAGUGAUUGAAAUACUAAAAGUCAUUUGUUCUGAAAUUGAGAAAUUGGAUGAAGCGCAUCUUCUGGAGGCAAAAGUGUACUUCGCAGUUGUUAACGCUGCCAAAUUUGGGAUUGUUGAGAUUGUGGAUGAAAUUAUUAGAUCCAUUCCCAAUGCAAUAUAUACUGCAGAUGAAAAUGGUCGAAACAUAGUUGCAAUCGCAAUUGUACAUCGACAACAUAAAGUCUUCAACCUCAUAUAUGGGAUGGGUCCAAAGCAGAGCCACAUCACCCCAUUUGAUAAUCAAGAUAACUCCUUACUACAUUUAGCUGCAAUGUUAUCACCUUACUCACAGCUUAGUAGAGUAUCUGGCGCAGCUUUACAGAUGCAACGAGAGCUUCAAUGGUAUAAGGAGGUGGGGAAGUUCGUACCACCUGUAUUCGCAGAAAGGAUAAACAAAAAUGGCCAAAUACCUCCAACCUUGUUUACCGAACAGCACAAGGACUUGGUCAAGGAAGGGGAGACAUGGAUGAAGGGCACAGCAUCAUCAUGUACGGUCGUGGCAGCUCUGAUUGCAACAAUUAUGUUUACAGCUGCGUUUACUGUGCCAGGAGGAAAUAAUAGUGAUACAGGCAUUCCUAUCUUCUUACACAGAAAAGCUUUCAUGAUUUUUAUUAUUUCAGAUGCAUUCUCGCUCUUUUCUUCUUCUGCCUCAAUGUUGAUGUUUUUAGGAAUCCUCACAUCACGGUAUGCAGAAGAAGAUUUCCUAGUAUCAUUGCCCAAGAGAUUGAUAAUCGGUCUUGCCACCCUGUUCUUCUCAGUAGCAACUAUGAUGAUAGCCUUUGGUGCAACACUUUUCAUUGUUCUUCAUCAUCGAGCUCAGUGGACAGCUAUUCCGAUAACUUUGCUUGGUAGUGUCCCAGUUGCCUUGUUUGUGUUACUACAGUUUCCCCUUCUUGUUGACAUGGUAGUCUCCACAUACGGAUCUGGAAUCUUUGGUCCAGGAAGAAAUGGUUUUGUGAAAGAGUCUGGUGUUAGUCCAUCCUUUUUACUUGAGGACAAUGCUGUUAAGCAAGAGUUGGCUCCAUUUCCAUGUGUUGUGGAUCUCUCUUCGUGGCAUUUCUGGGAACUGUUUCUCCUCUCCGCUAGUCUUUUUGGUUGUAAUCUGGGAGUAUUCUUAAUUAUGACACCCUUUAAUGGGGAUGCAUCUUCAUUCACGGUAGUUGCAGAGAUUAUUAUUAUAGGGGACGAUGCUAGUACAACUGUUUUAUACAACACCAAAGAACUCGAUGAUUCAUCUCCUUCAAUGAAUGGUGGAGCUGCAAAUAUUAGUAAAUUUCUUGGCUUUGAAUAUGCAUUACCGACUCCUCAGUUUGCAUUUGUGAUCAAGAAAAUUCUAGUUGCACGAGAUAACGCCGGAGAUGCUAUUGUUUUUUGUAACGAUUUGCUUUAG